AUGAAGGUGGAAAAGGCUGACACGACGCAGUCUCCUGCGGGCUUUCUCGAGACGUUGCAAGGAGAAUCUGCUUUUUUCCGCGCGUUGUGUGAUAUUCGACCUGUUGGACUGCAUCGCGAGUUUCAUAUGUUGGCGAUUGCGAACCAUAUCCAAGGCACUACGGGUGUCUAUGUCCCCGUUGCGGAACUGUGGACAAAGUUUGAGACGUUUUAUAACCCAGAGAUACUCGAGGGCUUUGAAAAGCCCGGGUACACUUUAGGAAGCGCAGCAUCUUCGUCUGACGAGGACGACGAGAGCGAAGAGGAGGAGGAAGAGGAGGAAGAUGAGGAUGGAGAGAAUGGAUCGACGACGACGCGGCGGUUACACGCACGAGAUGAUCCCAAGCCAUGGGACGAUCUCGAGCAUCACCCUUUUUUCAGAAUGGAAUUCGAACUGCCAACAGGACCUGGUUGGCCGCCUGCACCACCCUCCACGACGACUGGGGCUGCGAGUGCAACAACAACGACGACAGGAGGGAGGGGACAUGCGAGAAAAGAGUCUGUUGCGGUUACGUCGACAACCUCGGCUGCUCCUGCUGCUUCUUCUGGUGGACGUACGACGCGUGCGGGUAAAGCUGCCAAAGCCAGUGCUCCCACUGCACCGGCACCCACGACGACGACAAACGAAGAGGAGAGUGAGAGUGAUCUAACGGACGAUGAAGGCGCCGACGAGACGUCGAAAGACAAGGACGGGUCGGCGGAUGCAGAAGAGGCAGAAGAAGAUGAGACAAAGGAGAGUGUGACUGAGGAACAAGAGCCUGAGCCGGAGCAGACCGGGACGAGAAGGUCGACUCGUCAUGCGCGCACGGCGACGAGAGAGACAAAUGUGCCUCCUGUCAGGGGGACGACCAAGAAGAAGCGCGGGUAA